AUGCGACUGUCCCAUCUCUGGCUCCUGUCCCCGGCCCUGGUGUCAGCUUUCGACUCUUUCCACGAAUCCCUCACCCUGCAUCCACUUCCAGACGGCAAGCUUUCCGUCCUCCUCAAGUUCACCACCUAUUUCACCCUGUCACAUUCUUCUUCUUCCAUAUCACAAUCCCACCAUACUUUGACACCUCCUUCCCUUCUUUUACCGCUACAAAAUCUAAACAUCUCCGAGCUCACAAUCUCAUUUACCUCUGGUCGGUGGGAUCCACAUCGCUCCUCUCUCUCGGGGCCUCUCAGUUACGGUUCUGGUGGAGGAGGGGGAGAAGUAAGAGGCUGGGUUCGUAAUGGCGAGGGAGACGAAGAACAGCGGUGGGGGGAAGUGACGCAUGCCCUUGGAGGGCUCUUUUGUGCUGGCUUGGGGCCCAGGGAGGAUGGGGAGAAUGUCAAAACUUUUGGAGAUGUCUAUCCUCCGCAAAGGGGAGAAGAGUCCGACAUGAAACACUUCCUUCUAUCCCACCCGCAUCACAAUCUUUGUACCGAGAACCUGACUCCUUUUCUCUCGCUGCUUCCUUCGAAAGGCCUUUCUGGCCUCUCGGCACUCCUAGCCCAACCAGGAGUGAUCUUUUCGUGGGGAUUCAAAUCUGAGGGUAUCGAAGUAGUCAUGCCUUCGGAUGAAGAGCCGGAAGGACAGUGGACCGGCUGGUGGGAGGGAGUGGUCGACCUCAUACCACCAGGCGCCGGAACCAAGCACGUCAAGAGAGAUACGAGCUUGAAGAAGCUUUUCGGAAAACGGAUACCGAGAGCGUGUCCGGAGGCGGAAAGCUCUGUCGUGAGGCUGGUAUUGCCUGAAAAUGAGGCGGUCAAGGCUGAGCCUGAAGGGACAAGCGAGCGAGUUUGGAUGGACGGGAUCGAGAAGGAAGUCAUAGAGUGGGACUUGAAAGAGAGUGGCAUGGCUGGAGAAGAUAUUCUCGUAUCUUGGGAUGAGGACAAGUUCAGAUACCCCCGGACUUUCAACCAUCCACCUAUCAGCGUCUCACGGACAGUGGUCGAUUCUCAAGCUUCCGACGGCACUUUCCAGAUCAAGUUAUCCAACAAUGCCAACAUAUCUCGCGAGGCAGUAUACAGUGAAAUCUGGCCUUGGUGGGUCAAGGGAUGGAUAAGUGAGAUUGAAGUCUACACCGAGGACAGGAGCCAGACAGACGGCCUUGUCCAGAGUAUAGCACAUUACCCUUCCUCACCCCCUCGAGUAUCAACGACAACGGUCCACUUGUCCCUCACGCUUCCGCCACAAUCCACGGUAGUACUUCGGAUACCGUUCACAAAGCUCAUGCUCAAGUACACCGACCACCGUCCCGAUGCUGAAAGAGGCCAAGAGAUACCCUCCAGCGUUCUGACGCUCCUUGAUCUCGUGGGCGAAGAUUUGGCCGCCACAUCGGACAAUAUCUCGGACGUUCUGAAAUCUGGUCGUGCGAGGGUUUACAGUCCUCGUCUACUGCUAGAUAUCCCUACGCCAGACUUUUCGAUGCCUUAUAAUGUGAUUGUUAUGAGCUCGACAGUGAUGGCGGUGUUUUUCGGAUUGAUGCAAGGGGCUUUGACGAGGAGAUGGGGAUGGGUGGAGGUGGGGAGCCAGGAGAAGCAGAAGGAGGAAUAG